AUGAAGAAGCUAAAGAGCUAUUACACGCAUCUGAGGCACCACCAGCCCAUGGAGCUCAAAUGGAUAUUCCCUUUGGCCAUAGGCUCCAUCGUCUCUCUCUUCCUUCUCUUCCUCACCACGCUCACUUCACCUGACGGCACGCCUCUGCUUCCCUUCUACCGCUCCUUUUCCAUCUCCAGCUCCGUUUUCAUCGAAUCCAAGCUCCACCCACUGCCCGUUUCUUAUUUCCCGCCUCCUCCGCGCUUCGCUUACUUCAUAUCCGGCUCCAACGGCGAUGGCAAAAUGCUCAAGCGGACCCUUGAAGCCCUUUACCACCCUCACAACCGCUAUGUGGUUCACUUGGACCUCGAGGCACCGCCCGAGGAGCGUCUGGAUCUGCAGAAUUACGUUUCUACCCACCCCGUUUUUGUAAAGUUCGGCAAUGUGAAGAUGAUCACCAAGGCCAAUCUUGUCACUUACAGGGGUCCGACUAUGGUGGCCAACACGCUUCACGCUGCCGCUAUUUUGUUGAAGGAAGGCGGCGAUUGGGAUUGGUUUAUCAAUCUCAGUGCUUCUGAUUACCCACUUGUUACUCAGGAUGAUCUGCUGCACACGUUCUCAUACUUACCGCGCGAUCUUAAUUUCAUCGAUCAUACUAGCAACAUUGGGUGGAAAGAGUACCAAAGAGCAAAACCGAUAAUUGUAGAUCCGGGGUUGUAUAUGACAAAAAAAGCUGAUGUUUUUUGGGUUACACAGCGAAGGAGUGUGCCAACAGCUUUCAAACUCUUUACAGGUUCUGCGUGGAUGGCACUUUCUAAGCCUUUUGUUGAUUACUGCGUAUGGGGAUGGGACAACCUACCUCGAACUGUUCUCAUGUAUUAUGCAAACUUUUUAUCAUCUCCUGAAGGAUACUUCCACACCGUCAUUUGUAAUGCUCAAGAGUUCCGCAACACAACUGUGAAUAGUGAUCUGCAUUUCAUAACAUGGGACAACCCUCCGAAGCAACACCCUCACCACCUUAACCUUGGAGACAUGCAAAGGAUGAUUGACAGCAAGGCUCCCUUUGCAAGAAAGUUUCACCAAGAUGAUCCAGUGCUUGACAAAAUCGAUUCUGAGUUGUUGUUUAAGGGUCCAGGUAUGCUUGUUCCUGGUGGUUGGUGCAUAGGAAAAAGGGACAAUGGGUCUGAUCCAUGCUCUGUUGUUGGUAACACUACAGUCCUCAGGCCUAGCCCUGGAGCAAGACGGCUAGAAGUUUUGAUCAGCUCUCUAUUGUCCAAUGAGAAUUUCCGACCAAAACAGUGCAAAUGACAAGAACUCAAAACUGCUUGUGGAACUGCUUCCCUGUGCCAAGUUCAGUUGGUUUACACUUGACGGUAGAAUACAGCAUGAUCAGAGAAAUAGUAUUUCUUAUAGUUGAAAGAGAAGGAAAUAAUGCACAUACCUCUGAAUUAUGGAGAGGCAAGGAUGUGAUGAAUUUGGUGGAGUUGUGUCAAUUACUUGGCUAGAUUCUUCCUUCUAUGAUGACUGCCACUUAGAUGAUUUGUAGGUUAGCACUUUUCCACAUUUACUUUUGUUCUUCGAAAUUUUUGGAUACUGUAUUUGUCAUGCCCAGCCAUUUCGUCUGCUGCAGUGAAAUGUGUUUUGAAACCGAUGAUGGGGGUGUAAGAGCUACUGGAAAGAUGUAUAUUUGAAAUAGGAAAUCCCAAGAAAACUUGUCUGAUUCUGUGCAACUUUUGGAUCCACCUUGUCUGAUUCUGCCACAUUAAUAUUUCA